CUGUUGUAAUCAGCUGUUAGUAGAAAAGAGCACCUAUGCCUCAGGUGGAACAAGGUCUCAGGAUGGACACGUCCCUCCCGUCAGCUGAAGAACCCUUAGAUAAGAAGAAAGACAAACAGGAAAACCAGAAAGAGGAGUUGGAGUUUAAGGAACUGGAUGGUUUGAGGGAAGCCUUGGCAAACCUCCGGGGACUGUCUGAGGAGGAGAAGGGGGAGAAGGCGAUGCUUUGCUCCCGACUCCAAGAGCAAUCCCAGCUCAUCUGCAUCCUGAAGCGGAGGUCUGACGAGGCUCUGGAGCGCUGCCAGAUCCUGGAGCUGCUCAACACAGAGCUGGAGGAGAAGAUGUUGGAGGAGGCCAAGAAACUGAAGGCCCAGAGAGAGCAGGCCCAGAAGCUGGAGGAACGCUUUAUGACCCUGGCAGCCAACCACGAGUUGAUGAUCCGCUUCAAGGAUGAACACAAGAGUCAGAAUGUCAAGCUGAGGGAGGAGAAUGAGAAGCUGAGGCUGGAGAACAGCAGCCUCUUCAGCCAGGCUCUGAAGGACCAGGAGGCCAAAGUAUUGCAUCUCACUGCGCAGAGUGAGGCCCUUGCCAAGGAGCUGGAGACUCUGAAACACAGGUAUGCUCAGGAUGCCAGCCAGGCACAGGCCCGAGAGAAGGAGCUGCUGGAGCUACAGGGCCAGCAGGCCUACAACCAUGCCAAGGAGACAGAGCAGCUGCGCAGCCAGCUGCAGAGCCUCCAGCAGCAGCACCAGCAGGCUGUGGUGCAGAUGGUGAAGGCCCAGGAGGCACACAGCAGCCUGAGCCAGGAGCUGCAGGCCAGGCUACAGAAUGUCACUCGUGAAAAAGAGGAGCUGCUGCAGCUGUCCAUGGAGAGGGGCAAGGUGCUUCAGAGCAAGCAGGCAGAGAUCCGCCAGCUUGAGGAGAAGCUGGAGACAGCAGAUAUGGCCAGGAGGCAGGCUCUAGAGCGGUUUGAGCAACAGGCUGUAGCUGUGGACAGCAACUUGAGAGUCCGAGAGCUUCAGCGCAGGGUGGAUGGGAUCCAGCAGGCCUAUGAUGAACUCAGGCUGCAGUCUGAAGCCUUCAAAAGACACAGCCUGGAUCUUUUAAGCAAGGAGAGAGAACUUAAUGCCAAACUCCGCCAUCUCUUUCCAUAAGGAAGUUUUUGCUUCCUCUGGCCUCUGAUUUAGAAUUUGAAUAUUUGUGCAUUUACUUUAUGGCAAGAGUAAAAAUGAUAUCCCAUUUUAUUGUACUUUUAAGUACAAAAGGCAACUCAAAGAAAAGCUACGUUACUAUGAAAUUGUUGUUAUUACUACUGUAAGGCUAGCACUAAUUUUCAGUUCUACCAAUCUAGAAUAUACAAGAUUUGCCAGAUUUUCUUCUGUGCCUUUGAAACCUUCCAAAGUUUGCUAUCAAUAUCUUUCUACCACAUAACUUACUCAUCCUCAACUUCAGAUUUUUUAAUAAAUUCUAAGAUUUUAAAUUAGUAGCUUCUAUGAUAUGAGAAUCUUAAAUGUGUAAUGAUGUGCUGUUGUGAAAAAAUGUUAGCACAAUUAAUUUUUCUAGAUAGAUAGGCUUAUAAUUUCUCAUAGUUUAGACUGUAUACUAUAACAGAUAACAGCAAAAUAAUAACAUGGAUACCUUGCAGAAAUAAGUGGUUUUGCAACUGGCCAAACAAUUAUUUGCUACAACUGCCUUAUAAUAGUAUCUUUUUAUUUCAUUUGCCCUAGUUUGGCAAAGAUUGAGAUUGAGUCCUUUAUCAUAGUAGGCAAACUUUAUUGUAGUCAUUCUGCAUGAGUAAUGGAUUCAAAUGAGUGAAAUCAAAUAAUUUUAAUUUUUCCUGCAAGCUUAGAUCCCAUUCUAUUUUCUUGGUUUUCUCUUCAUAAAGACAGGAUUUAGAUGUGCAAUCAUGUAAAUAUCAGUGACUUUCAUUUAUAUUGCACAAUAUACUAUUAGAUA